CCUUCACUCCCACCCUGCGGCGCUCCGCUCCGCCCGGGAUCCGUUGGGUUACGGACCCCGGAAGCGCUCGGCCUUCCCUAGCAACGCCCGGCGCCAUGCCGCUGUGGCUGCGGGAGCACAGCUGGCGGCAGAGCGGCACGGCCGUGUACCUCUCGCUGCCCGUGCGCGGCCUGCGGGUCACCGCCGCCAACAUCUUCUGCACCGAGCGGUACCUGAAGGUAAGCGUCCCUCCCUUUUUAUUUGAGGCUGUUUUAUAUGCUCCGAUUGAUGAGACAAAUAGCACAGCAAAGAUCGGCAAUGGAAUCGUCUUCUUCACUUUGUAUAAAAAAGAAGCGUCCAUGUGGGAGUCCCUGACUGUAGCAGAUGUUAACAAGGAGGAACUGCAACACCUGAGAGAGAAUGCUGUUCUAAGAGCACAAGAAAAGGCAAAAGAGGAGACAGAAGCAAAAAAAGUUACAAAACAGGAACAUAAGAAGUAUGCUUUGGAGGCUACAAUGAAGCUAGAAGAAGCAGAAAGAAAAAGAAUUGAAGGUCUGAAAGAAGAGGAGAGACAGAAAGUCACUAAGGAGUUGGAGCUAUGGAGAAGUCAACAAAAAGAUGAUGAUAAACAAAAGAGGGUACAAAAUGAAGGGGAACUGCAUGAAGAAGUAGAGCAACUAAAGGAGAAGAAAAGGGAAAAAAUAAACAAAACUGGAAUUUCGAAUGAAGGAAUUUCUAAGACCAAACUCAAAGAUACAAGAGGUCAUGGUUCCCAUAGUAUCUUUUCAGAGAAUUUAAAAGAAGAGCAGUUACCAGCUCCUCGAUCUGCUGGUACAAUUAAAAUCAACUUUACACCACGAGUUUUUCCUACAGCUCUACGAGAGUCUCGUGUAGCAGAAGAGGAAGAGUGGCUACAAAAACAGGCAGAAGCUCGAAGGACAAUAAGUGCUGAUUUGUCUGAGCUGGAAGAUUUAAAAGAAGAGGAGAAGAAUCCAGACUGGUUAAAGGACAAGGGAAACAAAAUGUUUGCAGCAGGAGACUAUCUUGCAGCGGUAAAUGCAUAUAACCUUGCAGUCCGGCUAAACAAUAAGCUUCCACAGCUGUACUUGAAUCGUGCUGCUUGCCAUCUGAAGCUGAGAAAUUUACACAAAGCCAUUGAAGAUUCCUCUAAGGCCCUAGAAUUGCUAACACCACCUGUUCCUGAUAAUGAGAAUGCUCGAGUAAAAGCAUAUGUGAGACGUGGCACAGCCUUUUGUCAGCUGGAGCUGUAUGCUGAAGGUAAGACCUUGAUCUCUGUGAACACAUCCACAUGGACCCAUUCUGACAACUGAGUAAUUAGUUUAGCUCAGUGAGACUGCUCACACCUUUAUUUUUUUUUCAGGAAGGACAAUUUACUGACUAAUUGCAGUCCCACUGUUUUUUAAAAAUCUUUACUUAAGUUGUCAGAAAUUGAUUAUACUUCUACUUUAUGGAGUACACAUCAGUUUACUUGAGGAAAAAGGCUUUAGUGAGUUUUGUAUCAUCCUCCCUUUGGUCCAUUGGGUAGUCAUUCUUUUUGUGCAUUGCAGCCAACUCUUGACUGUACCAAGCUGCUGGCCAUGGAGGGUAUUAGUGUGAAGUAAGAGGUCAGAAGUGAGAUUUUCAAAUUAGGAAGCAUUCAGAUGUGAAUGUGAAGCAGACUGAUGUGAAACCAGGUUCCAGUAGUUCAGCUGCUCACGAGACAACAUUAUACUGAUUUUGAGUAUAGUGCAUUAGCAACUAUGGAACACU